AUGUCAUCAGCUUCACGUCGAAUUUCCAAAGGUGAAGCACUAGAUGAUGGUAAACUGUUAAAUAAUUCUCUACACCAAUUACACGAGCAAAAUGUAACAAUGAUUCGAAGCUGCUCCGAGGUAAUACCACGAGUAAAUAAUUCGUUGUGGCCCGGUCAGUUGACACAUUCUAGGUCAGCUAUUUCAAGUGAAAUGCCGCUUAUUGGAGAAUGUCGUCAUUGUGAUCAAAUCUGUCGCUGUUCAUGCUGUCCAUACUGCGAUCAUGUUGUUAUCGUUUAUUCGCCGGCCUCAAAGCCACGUCUUUCAAAUAUAACAUUUUCUACAGUAACAAGUGCUACUGGAUUACCAACAAUUGCCGCUGAGCCUUCUAGGCCACGAUCAAGCAGCUAUUGGAAGCAGCCGGAUCGUGAAAGUUGUAAAAGUGGCGCUAAUCUGCAGAAUAAACAUUACCUCCAGCCGCAAACAUCCAAUACACCUACAACUGAUUCUAGCAUACUAAACGAAAAACAAAAGGAGGAUACGAUAUUGAUUAGAAAAUCUAAAAAUAAUCGAAACACGCAGGAUGAUGAAGUUGAUAUACUCACAGCGGCGUGCACAAGUUUGGAACAGUUUGAUAAUUCUGUGAUACGUACGCCAGAUGGUACAAAUUACAGUUGCACGGAGUUGAAUUCAGAUAAUGAAUUGGCAAGGAUUGCCGAAUGGGCCUUUCCUAUUUUUCAUUUUGCUGAACGACAUCCAAAAACUACACUUAGCAGGAUAGCUUAUUCGAUAUUCAGAGAACAUAGCCUUUUCCGGAUUUUCAAAUUAUCACCAAAUAAAUUUUUUAAUUUCUUUCAUUCAUUGGAAUGCGGGUAUUGGGACAUUCCUUAUCAUAAUCGUAUACAUGCAGCAGACGUGUUACACGGGUGCCAUUAUUUGACAUGUCAUCCAGUUUGUGCGUUCCUGGAUAUACCAGCCAAUAGUUCCGAACCUUCUGAUAAUUCUCCAUUACCUCUCUUAAGCAGUAUGAGUACACUUGAACUAAUGGCUUUAUUUACUGCGGCAGCAAUGCACGACUACGAUCAUCCGGGUCGCACAAAUGCAUUUCUUGUUGCAGCUGAAGAUAAAAAAGCUAUUUUAUACAAUGAUCGAUCAGUAUUAGAAAAUCAUCAUGCUGCUGAAUCAUGGCGUCUUUUAUCGAAACCAGAAAAUUCUUUUAUUGAAACAUUAGAUGCCGCUGAGACGAAACGAUUUAGAUAUCUUGUAUUGGAAUAUAUCCUUGCCACUGAUCUCAAGCUACAUUUUGAUAUCAUAAUGCAAUUUAAUGAAAAAGCACCAGAUAUGGAUUUAGGUAAUGAAUCAGAUCGUGUGAUCAUUUCACAGAUGCUCAUUAAAUUUGCUGAUGUCAAUAGUCCUUCUAAACCAUAUUUACUUCAUCGUCAAUGGACCGAUCGUAUUUGUGAAGAGUUUUAUGGUCAGGGCGAUGAAGAGAAAAGACGUGGUAUGGCGGUAUCACCAUAUAUGGAUCGAGAUGAUCCAGCGGUUGCCAAAUUGCAAGAUUCGUUCAUUUCGCAUAUCGUUAAUCCAUUAGCUGUUGCAUUGAAUGAAGCACGUCUUCUACCAGUUUUACCAGGUUUAGAAGAACCGGAAUUGAUCAUCAAUCUGAAACAUAACCAUCAGAAAUGGCUUGCCGAACUGGAAGGACAAGUAACUUCCACAAAAGUCAUAGAAUCAGGCAUUACAGCGCCUGCAACCAUUGCUUCUAAUCAACCACCUUCAAUAUCACUGAAAACAUCAAAUGAUGUAAUCGCCGAAGAGACUGGUAAUGAGGAACAAAACAGUGAAUGCGAUAGUAGUAGUAAAGAUCGUGAAAACGAGAAUGGAUAUUCAAGCGAGCAUAUUCAGGUAGAACUUUCUUUUCUACCUUUAUGA